CAAGCUUGCGCCAAAGCUUGUUUGGCCAGUUUGUGAAUGUCAUGAUAAACAACAUCCAACCAGCACCUUAAUGUCAUCAAGCGCAAGACCUCUUUGCGCAUGAUCAAGGCCCAGGUCGCUUAUCGGGCUUCAAUACCAGAAACUAGUUUUCGCUCCUGCCUCUUUUAAGUCUCCCUCGACUUCUCAGGUUGGCUGGCUGGCAGGUGGCACCAAGUACAAAAUUUUUCCUUCCGGCGAAGUUCCUUGGGUCAGCUCGCCGUCCCCAGCCAGGACCAUGGCAGACAGCAAGUACAUCACGCUCGUCUCGAGCAACGGCUUCGAGUUUGUCGUUCUGCGCGAGGCCGCUCUCGUCAGCCCGACGAUCAAGGGCAUGCUGAGAGGCGGGUUCCGGGAGGCCCAGACAGGCGUGUGCGAGUUUCCCGAGAUUAGUGCCCAUGUGCUCGAAAAGGUGGUAGACUACUUUCACUACUGGUACCGCAACCGAGACAAGGAGAACGUGCCCGACAUGGAGAUUCCCGUGGAAAUGUGUCUGGAACUCCUCAUGGCGGCCCACUUUCUGAAUCUCGAGUCCAUGCCCACAUCCAAAGCGUGACUGCAAUCAUGAGCAGUCUUUCAGGCGCAGCUGUCUUCUUUCUUGCUCCUAAACAGCGGGUGCUGUUUUCAUCAGCGGCUCUAGAGCUUAUUGGUAUGGGUUGGCUGGCAGGCGUUCCGGAAAUAGGCGUCACGGGUGGAAACGGCUUAGAUAAGUCAUUGAGCGGAGCGACCAGAUUCAUGAAACUGGUCAAAAAGCUCAAGCUGAAUGGGCUA